AUGUCGGUUCAAGAUCGGAACACCACAUCGCAGUACACGAUGACAUCAUCGUCUCCACAAACCGCCGUCAACGGCGGAGAAAACGAAUGCGACUGGUUCAAACCAGCAUCUUGUGAAAUCCAAGCACAUAAAGGUGAUAGGGUGAAAGUUCAUUACCGGGGGAAACUUACUGAUGGAACUGUUUUCGAUUCCAACUUUGAAAGGGGUGACCCAAUUGAAUUCGAACUUGGUACUAGUCAGGUGAUAAAAGGAUGGGAUCACAGACUAUUGGGAAUGUGUGUUGGGGAGAAACGUAAUUUGAAGACACCUUCAAAGCUGGGGUAUGGAGACCAGGGUUCACCACCUACUAUCCCAGGUGGGGCUACACUUAUAUUUGAUACGGAGCUUGUUGCUGUCAAUGAUAAAGGAUCAGGUGGAGGAGACACCAAUAACAACAGUGAGCUAUGAGUAUGAUCACAAGAAUCCAGAUCGUGACCUUGUAGAAGGAGGAGAGAAUUCUAGAUUUGAUACUUUAAAUUUGUUCCCUAUUAUCUUCAAAAACAAAGCAUAUAUGUCUUGUACAAGUAU